GUCCCGGCGUGUCUCCCCGUCCGGACGUGGCGCGGGGUCCCGUCAGCUGGGGGGACGCCUCGCGGGAGGCCUCGGCGUCGGCCGGUGCCGCCGUUUUUGGGCGCUCUGCCUGCUGGCGGGCCGGGAGGAGGAAAAUGCUCGUUUUCCCCAAAAUAUCCCUGAGGCCUGAGGUGGAGGACUACCUGAAGGCGAGCUUUGUGAAUCCCGAGAUUGUAACUGCUUCAGGUAAACAAGAAGCAGAAAGGAAGUUUGAAGCUCUGUUAAAUCACCUGUCACACCCUCCAUCAUUCACAACUGUCAGAGUGAAUACACAUUUAGUGUCAGUGCAACAUGUGAAAAAUCUGUUGCUCCAUGAACUUCAGAAGCAGCCUGGUGGGUUCCAUGCUCCCGUUCUGCAGCACCCAGACCUCCAGGACAUCCUUCUCAUUCCUGUUAUUGGACCGAGGAGGAAUAUAAAGAAGCAGCGAUGUGAAGUCAUUGUUGGGGCGCAGUGUGGCCAUGCUGUGUUACGGGGAGCCCAUGUGUACGCUCCAGGAAUUGUGUCAGCUUCAAAAUUUAUGAAAGCAGGAGAUGUUGUUUCCGUAUACUCUGAUAUUCAAGGAAAAUGUAAGAAAGGAGCCAAAGAAUUUGAUGGAACAAAAGUAUUUCUUGGAAAUGGAAUUUCUGAACGAAGCCGUGAUGAACUCUUCAGUGGACUACCAGAACUGAAGGGAAUAGGCAUAAGAAUGACAGAACCAGUGUAUCUCAGUCCAUCAUUUGAUAAUGUACUACCCAGUUACUUAUUUUUACAGAAUUUGCCAUCUGCUCUAGUAACUCAUGUUCUGAAUCCUCAACCUGGAGAGAAGAUUCUAGACAUGUGUGCAGCACCUGGAGGCAAAACCACACAUAUUGCAGCACGAAUGUGUGAUCAGGGAGAAGUAAUAGCACUGGAUAAAAUAUCCCACAAAGUAGAAAAAAUAAAGCAGAAUGCUUCAUUGUUGGGGUUGAAGUCCAUCAGGGCAUUUUGCUUUGAUGGCACCAAGGCGCUUAAACGUGAGAUGGUGGGCACAGAAGGGGAGCCUCCCUUCCUCCCCGAGUCUUUUGACCGGGUGCUCCUCGAUGCCCCCUGCAGCGGGAUGGGGCAGAGGCCCAGCCUGGCCUGUGCCUGGACCCUGAAGGAGGUGGUGUCAUACCAGCCCCUGCAGCGGAAGCUCCUGGCCGCGGCGGCUCAGCUGCUGAGGCCGGGGGGUGUGCUGGUCUACAGCACCUGCACGGUGACGCUGGCAGAGAAUGAGGAGCAGGUGGCCUGGGCCCUGGAGGCAUUCCCUCACCUGCAGCUGCAGCCCCAGGAACCACGGAUCGGAGGCGCAGGCAUGGCGGGAGCUGGCCUCUCCCCAGAACAGCUGCAGCAGCUGCAGCGCUUUGAGCCAUCCGCCGCACCCCUCCAGAGCAUCGACCUGGACUCUCUCCACGGGGCCCGGGAAGAGGACAUGAUUGCGCUGGCAAACAGGGACUGCAUAGGCUUUUUUAUUGCAAAAUUUGUAAAAUGCAAAAGCGCAUAGAAGAAUCCUCAGAAAUUAAAAUUCCAAACAUUG